AUGGGGGCCCGGGGCGGGGAGCCAGGCCGCCCCCUUCUGGCCGUGGUGGGAGCCGCUGUGCUGGGGACUCUACUGGUGUGCGUACCCCUCACCGCCCUGGUCACCAUGGCGCUGGGACCUCGGUCUUGGGGGCAGGAAGCGGCCCCCGAGCCCCCAGGAGGGCAGAGGCAGCAGCAGAUGGGUGAAGACCCUUCCCGGGACCCAGGAGUCCUGCCCCCAGGACCCGCUGAGGACUGGGGACUCGAAGAGACCCUCCGUAACCCGGCAGCCCACCUCAUAGGUAUCCAAGGCCACGGCCCGGGCCACCUCCUGCACUGGGUCACGGGGCACGAGGAAGCCUUUCUGAAGAGCGGGGCCCGCCUGCUGGGCACUGCCAGGCUGGCACUGCCCCGGGAGGGCGUCUAUUACCUGUACUGCCACGUGGGAUUCCGGGGCCGGGGGUCUGGGGGCCACCCGGGGGCCGGGAUCACCGUAAGCAGCCGCCUCUACCGCGUUGGAGGGGGCUAUGGGGCUGGGGAGGUGGAGCUGAUGCUUCAGGGGGCCGAGACGGUGACCCCACCCCCCGGGGACGGCCGGGGGCCCGGGGGCCUGUGGCACACCAGCGUGGGGUUUGGGGGCCUGGCCCGGCUCGGGGGCGAGGAGAGGAUCUUCGUGAAUGUCAGUCAUCCCAACAUGGUGGACUACAGGAGGGGGAAGACUUACUUCGGGGCCGUGAGGGUGGGUUGA